AUGGGGUCCCUGCCACGCUCCCUGGCCCGGGCGCCGCGGCCGCCGCCGCUGCCGCUGCUGCUGCUGCUCCUGUCAGCCUUCGCAGCCGUCGCCGCCGCCGCCCGUGGCCGCUCGCUCCCGGGGAGGUUCGGCUGUUUGUUUGAGGACGACCUUUGUAGACCAUUUGAAAUCUGUAUAAAUGAUGGAGUGUUUGGAAGAUGCCUGCAAGGACCUAUGAUAGACACAUAUCAAUAUGAAGUUUCACCCCCAAUUCUUGAGCACCUAAGGACCAUCUUGCAGAAGCUCUCCCAUAGAGGUUUUACUUGGCAGGAUGAUUUUACUCAGGGCACUGUAGCCCAGGAACUUGCAAAUAUACCGAAAAUCUACCGGUGGCAACCUGAAUCUCUUGCAAGUGACGGAGUCAACUCAAUCAGGACCUCAAAGCCAAAGGUUGAUAAUAAAAGGCCAUCUACCCUUGAAAAUGAUAUCGACUUGGCCAAGAGUCUUCAGCAGUAUCUCACAUACCUGAGUAUUCUCACCCGUGCUUCAAGUCCUAAUGUAUAUCCCCGGAUUAAGAAUGACAAAGCUGAUGUUCAGGACAAUAUCUUUCCUGAACGUCUACUAAAUUACAUAGUUCAGAAGGCCAGAGGAAGUACCCCUGCACUGACCUAUGUUCCCAUAUCUCAUCCAAAUUAUCCUGAUAAUCCCUCCCGGAGGACCUUCAGCCCAAUCCAGACAGACUCAUUCUCCUACAGCCUGGACCCGGAUCUUGACAAACAGAAUCUGAUUGCUGCUCUCAAGGCCUACAUAGCUCAGAAUAUGGCAGAGGAGAACCCUGACAAAGGACCCAGUGGAAGGACUAGGAGUAGCCUUCAUUCCAAUAGUGGGUUUCUCCCACCAUACAACGAAGCCUUCUCCAAAGAGGAGGAAACGGAUGUGAAGGCAAAACCACUUUUCCUCCUGAAAACGGGAUUGAGAGAUCUAAAUCCUGGCUCUGGAAAAUCAGUUCAAAAAUUAUCAUCUGUGCCUGGGGAUGCCAAGGACCCUUUGAGUACACUGGAUGAAACCUUGAUUCAGAAUGUCCUGAAGGAUCUGAGGAAGCAACAGGGAACCAUAGACAACCUGAGUCCCUUGGAGCUGCAAAAGAUGGCCAAUGUGAUUACAGAUGUCAUGCAAGGCUCAAAUACAGAAGUACCAGGAAUGGUGGGAAGUGAGAUUGUAGGAGAACAAAGGGAACAAGAAAUGAAGAGGGUCAACAGUCCAGAAUCAAAAAACUAUCAAAAUGACUUGAUGGUUGAAGAUAAUUUGCCAGGUAACAGAGUGCAGGAAAGUGAUGACAGAGUUGAUGAAAAGGUGAAAGAUUUGGAUACCAAAUUCGUGAAUGAGCAGGAGACUCAGUUUUUGUCUGAAGGACUACCUUCUGAAAAACCUUUUAAAACAGAGACCAAGAAAUCAGAGGAUACUGAAUCUUCCCUUUCCUCUGAAGAAGAGAAUGUCGGGGUUGAAAAUGUGAAGAGUGAGACCUAUUCCCAAGAAUUGACAGCAGAGAAGAAACCAGUUGCUGAACCAAAUGCCAAUGAAUUUGUGGAGUUCCAGGACUGGAUCCAGGGUACUCUGAAACAAGAUGAAAGGCUUUCUGAAGGACCUCCCAAAAUUCCAGGGGAAGGUCUACAAUUAGAAGUGAAGUCUUCUGAUGAAGAAGAAUAUGGUUACAUUAUGACAGAGGAAGACCCUCUGAGUGUGGAGAAGGGGAAGAAGUUGAUCAAGGAAGUGGUACAGCUACUGAAGUUGCCCCCGACCGCCAUUGUGGAUGUCAAGUGUCCACAGCUACUGUUGAUUGAUUGUGGAAUUGGGGCAGACCAUAUCUCAUUCAGCAUGCUGGGACCAGCAGUGACCUUCAAAGUGAGCUCCGGUUUCCAAAACAUGACAACUGCAGAAGUUGCAAAGGCAACAGCUGACAACAAAGACAAGCUUGAAAAAGCCUCAGGACUGAAAAUUCUCCGAACUGGAAUUGGGUCGGAGCUGUGCCGUCAGCGCAUGGCUGUCAAGACAUCUGAUCGCCCGGAGCCUCUGCACACUUCCCGUAUCAACAGUGUUUCAUCACAGUUCAGUGAUGGUCCCAUUCCCAGUCCCUCUGCUCGGAGCAGCACUUCUUCCUGGUCUGAGGAACCAGUCCAGUCUAACAUGGACAUCUCCACCGGUCACAUGAUCUUGUCCUACAUGGAAGACCAUUUGAAGAAUAAGAACCGGCUGGAGAAAGAGUGGGAAGCACUCUGUGCCUACCAAGCUGAGCCAAACACAUCUCUGGUAGCCCAGAAGGAAGAGAAUGUGCAGAAGAAUCGCUCUCCUGCUGUGCUCACAUAUGAUCAUUCCAGGAUACUUUUGAAAUCUGAAAAUAGCCACAACAAUUCUGACUACAUCAAUGCAAGUCCCAUUAUGGAUCAUGACCCUAGAAAUCCUGCAUAUAUUGCUACCCAAGGACCACUUCCAGCUACUGUGGCUGACUUUUGGCAGAUGGUCUGGGAGAACGGCUGUGUCGUUAUUGUCAUGCUGACACCCCUCACGGAAAACGGAGUCAAGCAGUGCUACCACUAUUGGCCAGAUGAAGGGUCCAACCUUUACCACAUCUAUGAGGUAAAUCUGGUAUCUGAGCAUAUCUGGUGUGAAGAUUUCCUAGUGAGAAGCUUUUAUUUGAAAAAUCUUCAAACCAAUGAAACCCGGACCGUAACUCAGUUCCAUUUCCUUAGUUGGUAUGACCAGGGAGUUCCUUCUUCUACAAGAUCACUUCUGGAUUUCCGCAGAAAAGUUAACAAGUGCUACAGGGGCCGUUCUUGUCCAAUUAUUGUUCAUUGCAGUGAUGGCGCUGGAAGGAGCGGCACCUACGUGCUGAUUGACAUGGUUCUCAAUAAGAUGGCCAAAGGUGCUAAAGAGAUUGAUAUUGCUGCUACCCUGGAGCACUUGAGGGACCAGAGACCAGGCAUGGUCCAGACAAAGGAGCAGUUUGAGUUUGCCUUGACAGCCGUGGCAGAGGAAGUAAAUGCAAUACUAAAGGCACUCCCCCAGUGA